CGAUUAUGGAGACGAGCUUAUCUGCAUUUCAUCUCGCUCCUAGCUUGUUAACUAGACUGGGUCAAGCUGGUUUCUUCACGGUUGAAGAUCUACAGGGCUAUUCGUCUAGUGACAUUGGAUUGGCUUUGAAAAAGACUGCGUCUGUUUGCUUGGAAAAUGGCCCAGUCAUUAAGUCACAAAGAAAGCAGAUGCAACCUCUAAAUUAUAGGAAUGGCUGAGUUGAUUCUUGUGUAUACAGCUGGACCAAAGCAUUAUGAGCUGCUAGGAUUUCAAGUAGUAUGGUUGAACACCUGCUACACAUUUUGCAAAAAUCUGCAGAUUCAUGUGAGGAAUUAAAAGGAAUUGUUGAAUCAGAGAGAGAGUUGACUACUAGUCAAUUGACCAGCAAGUUUCAGUGUAGUCCAAUAGAAUCUGCAACAGCUUUGGAUCUGUUUCAUACAGAGCGUUCAACUCGAUUCAUAGUGACAUUUGGUGCUGCAAUGGAUGAAAUGAUUGGAGGUGGUAUUCCACUUGGAAAAAUUACAGAAUUCUUAGGAGAACCAGGAUGUGGGAAGACUCAAAUGUGCUUUCAAUUGGCAGUGGAUGUCACAAUUCCAGAAGAAUUUGGUGGUGUUGAUGGAGAAGCUGUGUAUCUAGACACUGAAGGAACUUUUGUUGUGGACAGGGUUGUUGACAUUGCUGUGGCUGCUCAUAAUCACUUAGAAAAUGUAGCCAAACUGACCAGAGAUAAUAUCCAGACAGAAAUUUUAUCAGCACUGAGUCUAAAACAUAUGAUAGCUGCAAUUCAUUAUGUGAGAUGUCUCAAUCACUUAGAGCUACUAUUUCAAGUUUCUCUUUUACCAGAUUUUAUCCAGGAACAUCCCAAGGUGAAAUUGAUAAUCAUAGACAGCAUCGCGUUUCCAUUUCGACAAGAAUGUGAUGAUUCUAAUGUCAAAACUCGAAUUCUAAGUGACUUGGGACAGUCACUUCUUCAUUUAGCGUCUGUCCAUCAUCUAGCAGUUGUUCUUACCAAUCAUGUAACGACGAGAUUCCUACAAACUGAAGAUAAAUGUUUAUUGCCAGCUUUGGGCGAGAGCUGGGGUCACUCGUGUUACAACAGACUACUCCUGGAGAGAACGCGUGGGUCAAGAUAUGCAACGCUGUUGAAGUCUCCAUACAAACAGUCAUUGAGAGUUCCGUUUCAACUAACUGCUGAUGGCGUUAGAGACGCGCCGAUGCAAGCGCAGCAGGAGGCUAGUCAAUUUCGUAAGGAAAACAUUGGCUUUGAACGAUACAGCAACAAGCGAAAGUAGUGUAGUGUGAGUGGAGGGAGAGUAGCAUACAGGC